AUGAGAAAUCGAACAAUAACAACAUUCAUCCUUCUGGGACUGACAGAAGAUCCUCAGCUACAAGUUUUGGUUUUUGUUUUUUUACUUACCACUUACGUAUUGAGUGUAAGUGGAAAUUUGACAAUCAUUACCCUCAUCUUGGUGGAUCCUAAUCUUAAAACACCUAUGUAUUUUUUCCUCCAAAAUUUCUCUUUCCUAGAAAUAUUCUUUACCUCUGCCUGUAUUCCAAGAUACUUACACAGUAUAUCAGUGGGUGACAGAACAAUUACCUAUUACGGAUGUUCCAUUCAACUAUUUUUAGUUGAUCUCUUUGCAGUCACUGAGUUUUUUCUUUUGGCUACCAUGUCUUACGAUCGUUACGUAGCCAUCUGCAAACCCUUGCAUUAUAUGACGAUCAUGAACAGCAAAGUAUGCAAAGUAAUGGUUAUGUGCUGUUGGUUGGCAGCACUUGUGAUUAUCCUCCCACCACUUAGUUUAGUUUAUAAUCUGGAAUUCUGUGACUCUAACAUCAUUGACCAUUUUGGCUGUGAUGUACCACCUAUGCUGAAAAUCUCAUGCUCAGACACAUGGUUAAUUGAGAAGAUGGUGACGGUCUGUGCUAUAUUGGCCUUUGUCAUCACUUUUAUAUGUGUUCUCUUCUCCUACAUAUAUAUCAUCAAGACAAUUCUAAAAUUCCCUUCUGUCCAACAAAGGAAAAAGGCCUUUUCUACCUGUUCUUCCCACAUGAUUGUAGUUUCCAUCUCCUAUGGCAGCUGCAUCUUCAUCUAUGUCAAGUCUUCUUCAAAAGAACAGGUGAAGAUUAAUAAAGGUGUAUCAGUGCUCAUAUCAUCCAUAUCACCAGUAUUGAAUCCUUUUAUAUAUAGUUUGAGGAAUAAACAAGUUAAACAAGCUUUUAAUGAUACACUAAAAAAAAUUAUCCUCUUUUCAAGAAAGUAA